AUGGCAGUACCAUCCGUCGCAGGCAUGGUCCACAACGAGGUGGAAUUCCAAUCUUCAAGCACGGGAGACUCAGCAUAUGGAUACCAGAUCAGCGCGAGCCCACCAUCACUCUCACCCAGCAACACUCUUCCCUCUCUCCAUCCACACACCAGCAACAGCAACAGCAAUAGCACCACUUCCAACACCAAUAUAGCCCCCUCGCCCAGCAAAGAACAAUCCCGCCACCACUCCUUCCCCUUCCCCUUCCCCUUCCCCUACACCCGAUCGCGAUCGAAGUCUCCACGGCCACCACCACCCACAGAAAUCUGCUCUCCAACCAGCACCACAUUCAACCCAUUGAAACCCAUUCAGACCCAACCGAACCCCUCGCGGAAAACCCCCAUUCACCAGCACCACAACACAUCGUCGUCCUCCUCAUCGACGACAUCGCCCCAACAACAACAACAACAAAGACGGCACUUCUCCGAAAGCUCGGUACCGACCCUGGACACCACCGCCGUCACCCCUGCGUCUCUCAGCCCGCUGCUCCCCCCAUCGUCAGUCUCGCCGACAUCGUCCCCACCGACCUCACCAGACACGACCCGCCGCGACAGCCGUAGCUGGAUCCAGAAAAAGCCGCGGAACAACAGCGGCUCGCUGUCGCCGGGCGGCUUCGGCCGGCACGGAGAUCAGUGGCUGUUCGGAGGGAUCAGCUUCACCGAGACGGCGAGGGGCAUCGUCACGCGGAAGGCCAGUAGGAGCAGGAAAUGA